CAUAGGGGACGCUGUCUCUGUUGUGGACUGACAUCAGCUCUGCUUUGCUCCGAACAAUUUUUCGCAAUCACCCAUGAACUGACUGGCGUCAAACGGCGUGAGUCUCCACACUCUUCCGUCUAAACAGGAUAAGGAGAGCAAAACAGUAUGAACAGCUGCGGCUUCCUGAAUAUGGCGACGAUAGGAGACUUCGACCCGCUCAACGCCACUAUUCCAGCCACAAAAGUUGAGAUCACAGUCUCAUGCAGAAAACUGCUCGACAUGGACACGUUUUCCAAAUCAGAUCCAAUCUGUGUGCUGUACACCCAAGGCAUCAGCAACAAAGAGUGGCGAGAGUUUGGGAGGACGGAAGUCAUCGAUAACACCUUGAACCCCGACUUUGUCCGCAAAUUCUUACUGGACUACUUCUUCGAGGAAAGACAAAACCUAAAAUUUGAUGUGUACGAUGUUGACUCCAAGAGCAGCAAUCUCUCAAAACACGAUUUCCUGGGCCAGGCCUUCUAUACAUUGGGAGAGGUGGUGGGUUCGCUAGGCAGUCGUAUGGAGAAGCCUCUUGGAGGGAUUCCUGGUAAGCAAUGUGGUACAAUUAUUGUGAAGGCAGAAGAGCUUAACAACUGCAGGGAGUCUGUGAUGAUGCAAUUUUGUGGCAACAAACUCGACAAGAAGGACUUCUUUGGCAAAUCUGACCCUUUCCUAGUUUUUUUCCGCAGCAAUGAGGAUGGAACAUUUACCAUUUGUCAUAAGACAGAGGUGGUGAAGAACACACUGAACCCUGUAUGGCAGGCCUUCAAAAUCCCUGUUAGAGCCCUCUGCAAUGGUGAUUAUGACAGAACGAUCAAAGUUGAAGUGUACGACUGGGAUCGUGAUGGCAGUCAUGACUUCAUUGGAGAAUUCAGCACAAGCUUUAGAGAACUGUCAAGGGGCCAGUCACAAUUCAACGUAUAUGAGGUCAUAAACCCCAAGAAGAAAGGAAAGAAGAAAAAAUACCUCAACUCUGGAACAGUGACACUGCUGUCAUUUCUCAUUGAUACUGAAGCCACCUUCCUGGACUACAUCAAGGGCGGGACUCAGAUUAAUUUCACAGUGGCGAUUGAUUUCACAGCGUCUAACGGCAACCCAGCCCAGCCCACCUCUCUCCAUUACAUGAGUCCAUAUCAGCUCAACACCUACGCCAUGGCGCUCAAAGCCGUGGGGGAGAUCAUACAGGACUACGACAGCGACAAGAUGUUCCCUGCACUGGGAUUCGGAGCCAAACUGCCUCCUGAUGGCAGAGUAUCCCAUGAGUUUGCUCUGAAUGGAAACCCUCAGAACCCGUAUUGCAAUCGCAUUGAUGGAGUGAUGGAGGCAUAUUAUCAGAGUCUCAAAUCUGUCGAGCUCUUCGGUCCCACAAACUUCUCACCUGUCAUCAACCAUGUAGCCAGAUAUGCUGCCUCAGUAAAGGAUGGCUCACAGUACUUCAUCCUGCUCAUCAUUACAGAUGGAGUGAUAUCAGAUAUGGCCCAGACCAAGGAGUCUAUUGUUAAUGCUGCAUGUCUUCCCAUGUCAAUUAUUAUCGUUGGAGUUGGACCAGCCGAGUUUGACGCCAUGAUCGAGCUGGACGGAGAUGAAGUCAGGAUUUCAUCGAGGGGCAGAUACGCCGAGAGAGACAUAGUGCAGUUUGUUCCCUUCAGAGACUACAUUGACCGCACUGGAAACCACAUCCUCAGCAUGGCCCGCCUGGCUAAAGACGUUCUGGCUGAGAUCCCAGACCAGUUCCUGUCCUACAUGAGGACCAGAGGCAUCAAACCGUCGCCCGCUCCCCCUCCGUACACACCCCCAGGACACCCGCUGCAAACUCAGAUCUGAAGAGGGCCGAGGAGUGAACCUUGCAUUAUCUCAGCAGCUCUUUCUCAAUCACUCAGUGAUGUGGAGGUUCCCUCGGCUCUCAGCUCUCUCUGUCUCUUUCUCUUUGCACUAAGGGAGGCUGUAGAUGGACGCCAUAGUUGGACAGGGUUCUGAGAAAUUUUACUUCCAUUACAGGCGUUCUCUGUCAGGAUGUCUCUCACUUUCUCUCUCUCUCUGCCUCUCAAUACCUGGCUAGUUUGAAUCUUAGGGCAAUGGUAGAAAUAACCUUUCGUUUGUGAAAUAAAGGAUAAACGAAGAGGUCGAACGACUAAACGACAGUGUUGCGCACUGUCUCAGCACAGCAGAGCAACUCACUCUUCCUCCUCAGACCGGGAAAAGUCUAACCAAUCACCAGUCGAAAAUUGACUGUUGUAAAUACGUUUUGAAGUAGAUUUCUUCCGUCAUUUCUUAUCUCUUCCUCUUCUCUGAGCUCUCACUCAAUGUUUACAUGUUAAUGAUUUUCUUACUAUCGAAUCAAACUUUUAUAAGCGUAAAAUCUUCGACAUGAACUUUGCCGUACGACUCCUCGCAGCGUGUUAUCUUUGCCAUGCCUGUCAGGUUGCAGUGGCCGUCGUCGUCAUGGAAAACCACAUUUCUUGCAUGGAAAUGGUGUGCUCAGGCAUGCGAUACAUGUGUUGCAACGUUCACAUUAUUUGGCCUUUUUCUCUUUCUGCUCACUCACUUUCUUUUACCUUUUUUUUUUUUGCCCUGGCACAAGCGUGAAAGUCAGGCACCUGAUUCUGUAUAGAGAACCUUAUAUGAUUCAACAUGCUUCAUUGGAUUUUAACCAGAGCAGCUGCUCUUAAAUAAGAGCCCAGUGGUCAAAAACACAGAUGCCAUUAUUAUGUCCAUAUUUUUGUAGUCAUUGCAUUUGUUAUGAUACAUUAUAUGUAUGGUUUGUCAUUUUCUUCCAUUGAUUUGAUGCUGUUUUAUGUUUUUCAGUAAUGUACAAUCAUACAUCCUAUUUGAUCAUAACCUGGUAGAGUUGCCCAAAGAUAGUGUUGAAUAAGCACAAGCUAAUUAUAAAAUCCUCUUUGAAGGAUUUUAUUGUGAAUAUUACAGCCUUUUUUUCCCUUGAGUGUUGAAUUAUUAGCCUAAUUUACACAAAAAACCUUUCUAGAGAUAUUUUUGAUCCCGUUAUUUGAGACAUUUGUUGCUGUUAUCAGGAAUUUCAUUCCAGGUGUUGACAUAGUCAUAUGUUUUUUUUCUCUUUACCACACAAAGACAAAAACUGGAAUACCAUCUGAAACAGCACAGAGCUCCACUGAAAAAAUAUUUUCUGGAUUUUUCCAGUUAAAUAUCUGAUCCUAAAAACAAGAUUUACUUGAUAACAGUGUUGGGUUAGUUACUGAAAAAUACUUCUCUAAAUGUGUAAUCAAAUUACUAUACAGUUUACUUAAUGGAAAAGUAAUCACAUUACAAAUAGCGUUACUUUUAAGUUACUUUCUUAUUUUUUGUUUUUUCAGCAGUCACAGAAACACAAACACAUAUAUAUAUUAACAUAAUUCUUUUUUUAAAUGCAUUCUACAUAAAUAUUAUUUAGGAAUUUGUGUUACCCAAGUAAUGUUCUUAAAAGUAAUUAACAUAAUUGAGUCAGUAACUGUUAUAUGAUUAUAAGAAUUUAAAUUGUAAUGCAUUACACUACUCUUGCCUUCUUAAACAAGUAAUCAGAUUACAGUAACUAAGCACUUUGUAAUCAGAUUACACCCCAACACAGAACCAUAAUUGUGUAAGAUUGUGGUUUAAACAAAGCCCCACAAAAUGCUCUUUUGAUUACAUGCUUAAAACAAGAAAUAUACAUUUGCAAAUGAGAAACAAAAAAAAUAAUAUAUAUAAAAUAAUCUUUUUUUUAUCCUGCACAAUUUUUCUUCUCGGUUAAAUAAAUCUUUUUUAAAGGGGUAUUUUCGGGGUUUUUCCUGGGAAACAAAGAAACAAUACUAAAGAAGAAAGUAUUUCACAGUGUCUGUGAUCAAUUUUAGUAACUUUUUUCUCUCCAGAAAAUAAAUGAAGUGAAUUAUAUUGAAUCUUGCUUCAUUAUGAUCCACUUCAUUAGUAGAGCUCUUUAGUUUUGUACUGGACAUCAUUGGUUUGUUAAUCUCCUUCAUUGUUAUCAUUGUAAAACACUAUGAGAACACUUAUUUUUGUGCUAAAGUAUCCCACACAUAGCAAAUGUGAAUCCUUUUGUAUGUAGCAACUAAAACGGGAAAUAUGGAGGGGGAACAAACAACAACUGUAACAAAACUCAGAAAUGAUAUUUUCCUGUCACACCACAAGCAUGGUGAAAUAUUUUAGGUGACAGGCUCAUGUUGAUGAGAAACAUUGCCUUUGUCUGACUGCCUUUGGGGAAUUCUUGAUUGACGUUCCUAUUUGUGCUGCUUUUUCACACAGAGCCUAUAGAAUAUUUAUGAGACAUUAACACACACAGUGACCUCAAAAAGAAUAGUUGAGGGAUAGUUGGGGUUAAGGGAUAGUUGACCAAAAAUGUACUCAACCUCAUGAUAUCCCAGGUGUGUAUGACUUUCUUCAGCAGAACACAUUUGAAGAAAAAUAGAAAAAUCUCUCAGCUCAGUAGGUCCUUACAAUGCAAUGGAUGGUGAUCAGACUUUUAAAGCUCCAAAAAUAACAGACAAUCAGCAUAAACGUCAUCCAUACGACUCCAGAGGAUAAAUUGAUGUCUUCUAAAGUGUCACGGUCACUUUUGGUGUGUAAAAGAUCAUUUUUUUUGUAUGUUUUAACUGUUAAGCAGAGGUUAAAUUGGGCCGGAGCGCACCGGAGCGCAGCUCCGCCUCCUCAGGUCCACAACACACCCUGACGGAGCUCAGCUCCGUCUCCUUCAGAGGCGGCGGCAGCCGAUUUUGAAUGUUUUGAGUGUAGCCCCGAAUGAAUUUUGAAAAGUUGACUGACAAAUAUGAAACCGGACAAAAGCCUAUGUAAACCCCCGAAAUCAUAAGUUGCCUUAUUUCAUUGUGUUUUGGCUUUGCACAUACUGCAUACAGCCUGUAAAAAUAGACAUAGGCAUAAUCUAGCCUAUAGAAUAAGUUCCUUUGCUGUCGGUAGCCUAUGGGCGACUCCGUUUAUUCCUCUCUGUUGAAUAUGCAGCAGGUAGGGGAGGAGCUGACAUCAACUUACUUUACUUAGUGGCGAGUUAACAGCAGUUAGCUGGAAAGACAGCAAAAAUGAAGCAAAUGAGGCUUGUAAAAUUUCCGAAAGAAGUCAGUGGGUAAGAAUUCACAUUUGUUUUUGUCCUUAAAGUCUAAAAAUCAUCAUCUAGCUGGCUUUCACCCACAGUAGGCUAAACCUCAAGACAUCCACUACCGCCUACUAUAAUAUGUUAUAGCCUCUGGCCUCGUGGUUUGUUCAAUCUCUUCUCACGCCGGAGACCGCGGUCCGAGUCCCAUUCGUAGCAUAAUUUUCUUGUUUAUCAGGUGUUGUUUUCGCUAAGGAUAACCAAUAAGCAUUAACAUAAAAUGUAUGUGUGACUUGUUUUGUGAUAUUAGUUUGUAGUAAAUAUACACUUUGAGGGUAGCAAAGAUGUGCCAGAAUCAGGCAUGGAAACUGGCAAUUAAUCAGUCACUUUACUUUAGAGAAAGUUAAAAGUGAAACAUUGUUUAUCUCAAUGAUCCUAAUGAAAGGAUUUUGACAGAUGAACAUGGAGAAUUAUAUACAGUUCGAUACCAUGGUGUGUCAAUGAACUUAGACUAAAGUCAUUCAUGUAUUGCUUUAACUUAGGAUCUUAUACAUCAUUUUGACUAUUUAUGUCAAAAAAUAUAAAUUAUUUAUAUAAAAAAAAUUUUUUUGCUUCACUUUUCUCACUAUAAUAUAACUCUUUUGUGAUGACUUUAUGUUAAUGUACAUGAAAAUUCAAGAAUCAUGAUAGAUCUAAGGGCAAUUCCACUGAUCUGCUCUUCUUCAAUGGUAUUGGUGUACAAUUUGACAUAUGUAGCACUUGAUGAAUUAGUUGUUUGAAGCUGAUUUGCAGUAAGUUAUGUGCUGUAUCUGUUCUUUUGCAUCACAGAUGAUUCAGGGAGGAGAGAGGAUGUUGAGGAUAGUAUAAAGUGGAAGGUUUAGGAACUGUAGAAACAGGCCCAGCCAGAGCAAAACUCAAAGAAUACCCUCUCACCAGCUUUGGACUACAGAGAAGUGGUUGCUAGUGUGAAAAUAAAAUGGUCUGGGCUAAGCCCCGGAUGUCCUUCAAUGCUGGAAACGCCUCUGUGUCGUCCUGCCAUAGAUUAAACAUAACCUGUAUUUAAUGUAUCCUGGGUUGCAUUUCCUUUUAUGUUGCAUAGAUUUGUUCAUGGUUUUCCGGUACAAGGACAUGCAUCAUGUGACAUUAUUUUUGUUGUUGAUGUCAAAAUCUACAGAAACUGUACUUAAUAUGGGCCCAUUAUUAUCUCAUUUAUUACAUAAUAUUACAUAUUUAUACACAUAUUACACAGAAGGAAAGGCUCCUCAUUACCAUGGUUAGGUCAGUGUGCUAUAGUCUUAAAUAAUAAUAAUAAAUUAAUGUAUUUAUGAAAAAUAAAUACUAGCUGAAACACAUCUUGAAACUUUAAACGGCCACUGUUGAUGUCUAAUAAUAAUUCUAAUAAUUCUACCUUUAGAUUAUUUCAUAUGAAACUGAAACAUUUUACUUUUACUCGUGUAAAAUCCUGAAACAAAUUUGUAAAGGUGAUGUGUGUAAUUAUUAAUAUUUUUAACUAUUUUGUUAAAGGGGCCACAUCAGGCUUUAAGUAGUGCAUGGGGGCCACAUUGUAAUGCUUUUGAGAUACAAUGUUAUGCAUUGAUUUGGUUUUUGUAACUUUUAAGCCAAUAAAUAGUUGUGUACUCAAUUUUCUGAAGUGUAUCUGUGACUAGUGAGACUAUUCUGCAAUUGCCUAAAGUAUUAUAUUGCUCUCAAAGAUAGAUACUUUUCUAUCAGGCAUUACAAAACUCAAUAAAGGCGGAGACUAUACAUUUAUUUUGCCAUCUCUACUUCCCUGUUCAUUUAUUAUUCAGUUUUAAUAAUAAUAAAAAUAAAAAAAUGUAUAGAACGACUAAUGUUUGUCGCAAAGCGGACGAGUUUACUCUUUUUUUUUUUUUUUUCUUUCUAAAACUUGUCAUGAUGCGUUUCUCCUCGAUGGUUUUUCAACACUCAACAGAAUAACACAGGCAGCAUGAAUAUGAUAAAUAAUUACUGCAAGAGUUACAUUAACAUACAGGUGCGAAGGGACUUCAACGUUUCUAAAUUGCACAAAUAAAAAAUAAUAAUAAAAUAAGUGAAUUGUAAAGUAUUUGUCUUUGUUUGAAUAACUACUCAACCCUAACUUGCACAUUAAUACUGGAAAAAGAGCCCCUUUGGUGUAAAAACACAUUAAGUCAUUUUACGGCGGGAUUUUAAAUGAUGACCAUUCACCGUAAAUAAGGGCUCCCCCUCCCUACAAAAGCCAAUUUAACCACUGCUGUUAAGCAUUACUUCCGGUCAGCAGCAGUAUGCACGUGUGACAAAAUCGCUUUGGCAUGUUCACAUGGAAACUGACGAACAUGCGCCACACCCGGAAGAGCAGUGCUGUUUACAUCUUAGUAGGAGGAAUGCUGUACAGAAGCUUUGUUUAUUUUGGUUUAGAUCUGUAUUUGUAUCUAUAUGUUUUUCACAAUUGUGCAUUUGUUUGAAAAAUGUGAGAUUACGUCCAUAACGUGCCAAUGCAAACCGCAUUGAUCUCGUGAAUGUGUAUACUGCUGCUGAACAGAAGUGACGGUUUAUAGAUAAUAAGUACUUAAAUAUUGAUCUUUUCCGCACCAAGUGCAAUCAUAUCACUUUAGAAAACAUUCAUUUAACCGCUAGAGUCGUAUGAAUGACCUUUAUGCUGACUGUCUGUGAUUUUUGGAGCUUCAAAGUCCGAUCACCAUCCACUUGUAUUUUAAGGACCCACUGAGCUGAGACAAUUUUAUUCAAAUGUGUUCUAAGAAGAAAAUAAAAAGUCAUACACAUCGGGGAUAUCAUGUGGUGAGUAAAUGAUGAGGUCAUUUUCAUUGGGGUGAUCUAUUCCUUUAAAGCAGGGGUUUUCAAAGUCUUGGACAGUAUGCAAAAUGGACACUUUCUGGUUGUCAAAAAAUUGUGGAACAUGUCCAUAUAAUGUGCUGACCAAUCCCAGUGUUUGCUCUGCUAGCCUAGGACACCUGUGUAAAUUAAUAAGUAAAAGUAAUAACUUUUCAACAAAAAUGGCAAAUUCUUCAUAAAUUAGAAUUAACCAAGAUUUGUAAAUGCAAAAAAAUAUUGUUAUUAUGAAAGUAUUCGGUCACACUUUAUAUUAGGUGGCCUUAACUACGAUGUACUAACAUGAAAUACAUACAAGACUAUGUAUUAACUGUGUAACUACAUGUUGUCUUACUGAGGUUGAUGUAUGGGUAGGAUUAGGAGUAAGGGUUGGGUUUGGGAUAAGGUUAACAAUGUAACUUUAAAUGUAAUUAAAUGCAACAACGUGUUUGUACAUAAUAUGUACAUUGUAUCAAAUGAUUAAGUACAUAGUAGUUAAGGCCAGCUAAUAUAAACUGUGACCAAGUAUUAUAAAUAAAUUAUAUACAGAGUUUGGUUAAUUACUCGAAAAAAAUAAUUCACUACAAAUUACUAAUUACUAUUCAAAAAGUGUAAACCGAUUAUUCAAAAAAUUUGAAAAAAGUAAUCACAUUAAGAAUAACUUUUAAGUUACUUUCAAAAUAUUUACAUUUCAAUAAUUUAAUUAAAACUAAUGUCAAUCAUGUAAGAAGCCUUCUGAUAAAUUGUGUCCAAACGUUUGACUGCCAGUAUACCUAGUACUCAUAAUUAUGUAGCAUUAAAAACAAUUAUUAUAAUAAUUUAGCUUUCUAAAUUUGUUAUUUAUUUUAUUUACAGUUGCUUUCAAUAUUUUGCAGUCAAUCAAAUUGUGUUUUUAUUUUUUUACUUUGGCAAGCGUGAACGGCACAGUUUGAUGAUUGAAGAAAGCUGUAUGUGUGAAAAAGCAGCGCUUGACAUCGCUGGUCAUUUGACAGCAGUUUCUACACUGCAAAUGUUUGCUCUCAACAGUUGCUGUGAUGCAUUGACUCGCCCGCAGCCCUCUUUCUCUCUGCAUUGCUGCUGCCACGGCAACUGCCACUUUGGCAAGCCCAUCCACCUGUGAGCGUGCACCUGUGUGUGUGUGUGUGUGUGUGUGUGUGUGUAUGUGUGCGUGUGUGGGUGCCAGCUCGGCAAGCAUCAUCAAAUGUUUUUAAAUUUGUGACUCGACUCAUAUGAAGUUUGUUUACUGAAGAUAUCCAAAUAUUAUAUUGUAUGCUCUUCAUAUCUAAUUUUACGUGCACUAUGUUUGCAUGUACAGAUUCACCAGUUCUUUUGUUAUUGUUAAGAGUGUUUUUGAGUAAAAAGAAAAAAAAAACAGGAAAAUAACUGUACAAAUGGCCUUAAUCUCUCACUGAAUUCUUGGAAUUGUGCGAUGCCUUCAGGUAUGAAUUGAUAUAUAUUUUGUGUCAGUGUAUGUUUGCUUUCUAGUGUAUCAUUUCUUUGCACAACUCAUGUAUGAAAAAUAUAUUAUAUUGUAAUUUUUGGAAUCAGUGAUUAAUCAGAGAAAGCAUGACUGGAGUUCUGAUUGUCUAGUAAAUCCAUAUGAUGAAAUUAAUAUUUCUGUAUCAAGUACUAAUUUUGGAAUAAACAUUCGUAAUA